AUGUCUGAAACUGAGAAUGAAAGUGUUGAGCACUUGGAACUUCUGGUCGCUAACGAUGCUGACGAUGAUCAUGAACUAAACGGGCAAGGUCAUGAUGAGGCACUUAGCAUGGCCGAUUGGGGUGGCGAUGUUGAGGCCAUGCUUAAUCACGCUGGUGGAGCACCUACACCAGACCCCUCAAAUCCCGGGGAUGAUGAUAGUGAUGGUGACAUUGAAGAUGGUGACCGUCCAGAUGGCGUGCCUAUCAACGAUGAUAACAUUGUGUGGCCAGUCUGGCAUGGCGCAUGCAAUGUUACAUGCAGGCCCCCUUGGGAGCACCUCUUUGGGGUGUACCAAAACUACCAGACGAUGUUCUCUCGCCAGGGGGAGACAAUCCUGGAACAAGAGAGCGAGAUAAGGCGUCUCAGACGGGAGCUUCGAGAUCGGGACGAGUUGAUUCGACGCCUUCGCUUUGGAAAUCGAAAGACAGAACCAACAUAUCCAGGAGUUGUGACAAACUGGGUCGAGGGUAACCACCACAUGUUACCCCAGGGUAUCCGGACCUGGGAGGACGUCUACAAAUUAACCUGCCGAGAAACGAACAUGUCGCCUCAUCCGAACAAAACCCACCCAGAUCUCCGGCUCAGAACUCCGAACGAAGAUGAAGAAGAGGCUGAGGAUGAAAAAGCGGCUGAAGACGAAGAAGAUGCUGAGGACCGCGAUGAACUCGAGGGACUCGAGCUUGGCGCAGGUAACGAACUGGUUGAGGUGCAGGGCGUCUUUCCUUUCGACCAGCUGGAUUCCAACCUCCAGGUCGAGAUUCUUCGUAUGGUUCUGGUCUUCGAUGGACAGGUGGUCCAUGCAAUUUCUCGCCUCGAUCCAUACUACGAGCCGACAGUGGUACCUCUGAACUGCAGAGGGGAGAUAUCUCCGCUCCACCGGUUUCACGUGGGCAAGAACAAGGUGAACGUCACCUUUGCACAGAAGCCUGAAGACCUUCUUGCUCCCCUCUUGGUUUCAAAGAGAUGGAACUACAUCGGAGCCAACCUCUUCUACUCUGGGAACAAGUUUUGCUUCUCCUCGCUUGGCGAAUAG